AUGUCGAUUUUUCAGUACAAGGGUCCUGACCGGAAUGUCAUAAGGAAUUUUUCUCGACAUCUUUUGAAUAGUUUACAAUACCAAAAAUGUGGACACGAGAUUGCAGUGAAAAAGAUUUUCACUUACAAAGCCGAGCGAAUAUCAGAUUCUAAUUUAGAGAAUGACCCAGGAAUAGGUCACCGAAAACGAUCAAGAUACAACCAUAACGAGAGUCUUGCCACUGAAGCGUUACAACGAUUGGUUAAAAAGUAUUAUGGACAAAAACAAGGCAAAUUUGUUAUCAGAUCUUGUUUUGGAGGAAUAGAUCAAGGAUUUAUUGUUAGUGGAAGUGAAGACUCAAAAAUAUAUGUUUGGCAUCGAGAACAUGCUACAUUAAUAGAAGCACUGCCAGGUCAUAAGGGAACUGUGAACAGUGUCAAUUGGAGUCCAGUAAAUUCUUACAUGUUUGCUUCAGCUGGAGAUGAUCAUACUAUUAGAAUAUGGGGUAUCCCAAAUGCUGCAGGCUAA